GUUCAGACAGUCAGCAGCAAGACAACAUGGAGGUCACAGCUCUCUGCAUCAGACUGUUGAUGACUGUGUUGAUGCUGCUGGUCACACAAGUUCCCUUCAGUUAUUCACAAAAAGCCGCUUUUCCUCAGGUUGUUCCAAACAGACAGCAGUUCUUCCAAUAUGAGACCAUUGUUGUCAGCUGUGAGGGACUGGAGGGACUGACUGGAUGGAGAGUGAUGAGGAAGAAUAAAGGAGUUGUUAAAAUAUGUGCUGCUACCUGGUCGACAUCAACAGGACCCUGCGAAAUCAAAGACACCUUUACAGAGGUUGACAGUGGAGAAUACUGGUGUGAAAUCGGAGGACUACAGACAAGCAACACUGUCAACAUCACUGUCACUGCUGGUUCAGUGAUCCUGGAGAGUCCUGUCCUCGCUGUGAUGGAGGGAGACGCUGUGACUCUGAGCUGCAGAGAUGAGCAGGCGUCCUCCAACCUCACAGCUGAUUUCUAUAAAGAUGGCCACUUCAUGGAGCACAGCUCUACAGGAGAGAUGACCAUCCACAAUGUUUCCAGGUCUAAUGAAGGACUCUACAAGUGCAGAAUAUCUGGAGCUGGAGGAUCACCAGAGAGCUGGCUGACUGUCAGAGCACAUCCCAUUAUCUCUCCAGUAGAUGCUGAUGGCCCUCAGCUCUUACUGCUGCUCUGCAUCGGUGUCGGCGUUUUCUUGGUGUUUCUGCUGCUGCUGUUGGUGGGAUCAAUGCGAUGUAGGAGACGUCCAACAAUCACUAGAGAUACCCCAACUUCUCCUUCCGCCCUCCGGUCUUCCUCUUCUCCACGAACAGUGUGUGAAGAGACCAGUAUGAUAUAUUCAGUCAUCACCAAACCCCGGAGGGAGGAAGGUUACUGAGACCCGAGACUCCUGGCUGAAGAAGGGAAGAGAGACUAUUUAAAGUUCUGUAAUGUUUGCAGUUCACACGACCACACAGAGCUGCUUAAUGCAUUUGUAAUAUGUCGACCAAACUAUUUUGAUCUGUUACAUUUUUAAUCACCUCCAUUGCAGACCGAUUUUUUUAGUAUGUUAUAGUCAGCAGCAGUUUCUCUAAAUAAAAUUGUUUGUCAUACAAAUUGUAUGUAAUAAGCAGUGUCAGUUGGGAGAGUUGUGUAUGUUCAUUAUAGAAGUUGUUCUUAUACAUGUAAGAAAUAUACUGAGAAACAAUUAUAGAUAUUGCAAGUUAUGUACAUUUGUAAGGAGAGUAAAUGUGUUGAUUCUUAAUUAACGACAAUGUGUGACUUAUUAUGAAGUGGAAAUGACCUGAACAGAUAUGAUUCUUCUUCAUCAUCAUCAUCAUCAUCUGAGAGCUUCAGCUACCUCACAGCAUCAGUGUCUAUUUUUAAGCGGUAUGAGUCUUUAACAGUUAAACCACAUUUUUGUAUCUGCUACGUGUCUGUUCACACGUCUGAGACGCUGUUUACAAGAACAGAGCAGCUGUAGAUACUAAUACACUCACUGUGGUAACAUAAUUACAUCCGUUUGACCUGAAACCAUAGAGACACAAUGACACUGUGACAAAUGAUAAGCGUCACAUCUAAUGCAAACUGAAUUGUUAAUUUUGGAUAACUUGACAAAGAAAUACAAUAAAGAUGGUUCCCAAA